AUACACUUUACGUGCAUCUCACCUUUAGAAAAGGGUUUUCUCAUUUUCAGCAUUUUUAUAAUUUUAGAAUACUUUACAAUUUUAUCAAGAUGGUUUGAGCUCUGUUGAAAGCUGCUCUCAAUUCAAGUCUUCUGCGUGUGGCAACCGGCAGACUUGCACAGUUGCCUCCAUGAAUCCAAAUGCUGUCUCCAACUUACAUUUAAAUGUUGAAACGUAGUCUCGGUUGUGAACAUAGAUACUUUCAAGGACUUUGAAAGACGGUUCGAAACGAAAUGAACAUAGGGUAGUGAGGUUUACUUGUUCAUCGUACUCGAACUCCAUGAAGAAAGUGUAAAAAAUGUCUCAAUCACAACCAGUUAAGUUGACUUAUCGGGAGAAAAGAAGGCUUGACCAAGCGGAGCUCAGACGCAAAUUUCCCAAUGCAAAGAGGCGUGGUCCAACUAGGGGGAAAAAAUAUGCUUCUAGAAAUCAAAGGAAUCAUGAAGAAAAGAUUAAGAUUUGUUUCAUGGAUGAGCUUCGACGUGUGGUUGGUGAAAAAGCAGAUGAGUUCAUAUGUGAUUGCAGUAAAUGGGUGAAGGAGUUUUGUCCUCUAAAUUCUUGGAACUGGGCUAAAAUGGACUCUGUUGCACAAGAUAGACUCUAUGCCAAAAUUAAGGGAAAGUAUGACUUACCUGAAAGGGUCGAUGAUGUUGACGUGACUGAAGUAUUGAAGCUUCAAUGUUCUAUGCUGUACAGAAACUGGAGAUUUAGGCUAAAAGAGAGUCAUUUUAGAGGAAAAUCAAAAGCACAAGCCUCUAGCAGUAGACCUACUAAUAUUGACCGUGAACAAUGGGAGUGGCUGGUUUACGAGUAUUGGGGCAGUGAGAAACAAGAGGAGAUUAGCAAAGUUAACACAAUCAAUAAGUUAAAUCAAAUUGAAACUCCAGCCAACGGUUCAAGGUCUACUGCAAGAUUUUUUUAUGACUUGAUCAAUGAACUGCCUACUCAAGUAACUCAAGAUUCUGAAGAAACAUUUGAGCCUGGUGAAAUCCAAGAAGAUCCUCUAUACGUUAGAUUAUUCGAGAAGACUAAAAGGCAUAAACCAAAUGGAGAAAGUAAUGGUUGGGAGCCAAAUGCUGAAAAAAAUUAUCAAGAACUUAAAAAACUCCACCAAACUCAAAUGGAGAAGCAUGGUGAGGAUACACUAACUGUGAAAGCUGCAUAUACAGAGGUUUUGAAGCCCAAAUCUGGUUACGUGAAAGGACUUGGCCCGGGAGCUCGAACAACAACCAGGGGAAGAAGUGAAGCACAGAAUAAUGAACUAAAUGUAAAGUUCUCUGCUGAAAUUCAAAUGUUGAAGAACGAUGCCGCAGUGCGUGAGGCAUCUCUUGUUGGUCAAAUUGACACACUCAAGAAAUCUAACGAAGAGUUAAGAGCAUCAAAUGAUCAACUUAAAGCAUCAAAUGAAGAACUGAAAACAUCUAUUUCUCAAAUGAGCAUAGACGCCGUGGAACGUGAAAAGAAACUGAGAGAAGAUGUUAAGAAAAUGCUCGAGGAGAUGAGGAUGGGGUUUUGAUAGAAAUGUUAAACGAGUGGAUACUUCAAGGAAUGCUUCUUAGAUUAACGAGUUAAUCUUGUUCAUUAUGUCGUUUAUCAUAUGUAUAUUUUUAUAUUGUAAAAAACAGUGUAAAUAAAUUGACACAAAGUGAGUUGAAACUCACAAACUUCAUAUUGUUACAGUUUUUAUCAAUGUCAAAUGAUUGGAUAUGGAGAAAACAAUUACUUUUAUUGUACAAGUGCGCCUCAUAAUAUUUUAUAUUUA